AAAUAAUAAUAAUAAAUGAAUAAUGAUAAAGUAAUAAUAACAGAUUAUUCGCAAUGCAAAUCGGAGGUGGCGGUGAUAACCAUACACUAGGCUGCAUGCUGACGUGGAAGCCACGUCAUCACCUCCCUCUUUAAAUCACAGACCUCAACUCCCCCAUUUGUUUCUCUCUCUUCUCCUCCUCUCACUCUCAAGCUUUUCCUUUUCCAUGAAAAAGGUUUGCAGAUUCACUUCUUGAAAACUCCAUUUCUCUCUCUCUCUCUCCUCUUUCUCUCUCUUCUUUCUCUCUCUAACACACACACAGACACAGAGAAACUAAACUUGAAGACGAAGGCUGGACAGGUUGCCUGAAUAGCAACAACACAGUCACAUGUUAAAUCUCUUUUUUUUUUUUUCCCUCUACUGAGUUUUGAAAAAUUCAGAGCCCCACACUUUAUUAUCGAAUAAAUUUGCAUGCCAUCAUCAAUAAAAUCAAUUUCUUCCCCUACUCCCCAAAAAAGGCACCAACAUUAAAAAACGGGUUUGUAGUGGGAGAUUAUGCCGAGGCAGAAGUUAAAUAUUGUUGAUGGGAAAAUUGGAGGAAGAAAUUGCAAAGUGAGGAAGAGGGGUUGUUCUUCGUCUUCUUCGUCGUCGUUAGCGCAUAAUUACCGUUUAAAGCGGGCGAUUUUAGUUGGGAAAAGAGUGGGAUCAAGCACUCCUGUGCCUAGGUGGAAAAUGAUGAGUUCGAAAUCACCUUCGCUGGAAAACGAUAAGGGUUUCAAGAAUUUGGCGGCGAAAGGCGGCGGCGGCGGCGACAGGGGCAAGGAGUUGUCGAUUUCGGCCCGGAAACUGGCGGCAACUCUGUGGGAGAUUGAUGGUUUGCCUUCGCCGAGGGCGAAAAGGGAAGAAAUAAGUGAAUUAGGAUAUGUUAGGAAAGAGAGAAUUUUGGAGAAGUCGAAAUUGGGCUCAAUGGCUCUUGUUUUGUCUGAUCUAUUACAUAGUCCUGUUUCUGAGAGAAUGGAUCCACCGAAAGUAGCCAGCCAUAGACGAAGAGUAUCAGCCGGUUCACAGAAACUUCUGCAGGCAGAUUGCUUUGUUGAGGUUGAUCAGAUGAAAACACAUGUACAGAGUCCACAUAGGCACAUAAACGGAGCGAAGAACCGUCUGAAAGAUGUGUACAACGGUUUAGUAACUUCGAAAGAGGUGCUCAAAAUAAUGAGCCGAAUCUGCCGAUUCGAGCAAGAAAACUCGACAAGCUUAUCCCUUUUCUCCGCCCUAAAAUUCGAGCUCGACCGAGCAUGCGUCCACGUCAGCAAACUGAUCCAAGAAAACCGGACAAACCGGACUGAGAUCGAGCUUCUUACGAAAAAGUUUGAAGAGGAAAAAAUCGUCUGGAAAUUAAAGGAACAAGACAGAAUUCGCAGCGCAAUCAAUUGUAUAGCCGGAGAGAUGGAAACCGAACGGAAGCUUAGGCGGCAGAGCGAGAGGCUGAGUAAGAAACUCGGGAAAGAAUUGGCCGAGACAAAAGCAUCUCUCGAGGCCGAAAAACGGGCCCGCGAGAUAUUGGAGCAGGUGUGCGAUGAGCUGGCCCGUGGCAUUGGGGAAGACAGGGCUGAGGUGGAGGAGAUGAAAAGGCAAUCAGAAAAAGCGCGUGAAGAAGUUGAAAAGGAGCGCGAAAUGCUCCAAUUGGCUGACGUAAUUCGAGAGGAGAGGGUUCAAAUGAAGCUCUCCGAAGCUAAGUAUGAAUUCGAGGAGAAAAACGCGCUCGUUGAUCAUUUAAGAAACGAGCUCGAAGAAUAUUUGAAGUCCAAGAGAGGCAAUAAUGAAGAACGAGUUAUUGAUGAUGAUUGUUCCCCGAGAUAUGAUCCAAUUAAGGAGCUCGAGAAAUAUUUGAGGGAGACUUUGCCGGGCCCCGCUUCAGGCCCGUGA